UAAGCCCGUGAUCUAACCAGAGAGAAACUUUAGGGUCCAUUUCUAACCCUGGUAAAUAUAAGAGUUUGACUCCUUGGGACUUAGGGUCAGAUUGAUUCAGUCCUGGGUGUAUACGAGAAAAGACACUCUCUUCAUACACUGAUCAUCAUGCCUGUCGAUCUCGCUAAAGAGCGACAACAGCAGUUCGUGGCCCUGGGCUUAGAGGCACGAGGAGAUUGUCUAGACCUGGGAAAGAAGAUCAGUGUUCCGCAGGAUGUAAUGAUGGAGGAGUUAAACCUGCGCUCAAACAGGGGGUCCAGAAUGUUCCAAGAGAGACAAAGGAGAGUGGAAAAGUUCACGCUAGAAGGUUCCGGAAAACAGGCUGACAAUCAAAGCGAGACUCUUUGUCAUCAGGCUACGGAAGGAUUGACAGAUCGAGCUCAAAACAGCCCAAAGGUCAGCCCACCAGAGAGAAACAACCUGCUAGCCACACUCCAUCACACCGUAGCCAAAAAGGGAAAUCCAAAUGUUCUUGCACCAGGAUAUUCUGGACCCCUGAAAGAGAUUCCUCCUGAGAAGUUCAAUAUUACUAUCAUCCCCAAGUCCUACUGCUCACCAUGGGAGAAACAGAGCGACAAUGAAACCUUGCUGGCUGUCAUUAGUUCCCGCCUGCCUGAACCUCCUUACAAACCCGACUCUGCUAAUUACAGAUGCUUCAACAGAGCUCCGAUGCCAUUUGGAGGAACAACAGGAAGCACCCGGACCUUGCCCCUGCCUGGCUUUGAAUUAAUGCAGGCCUACACCGAGCCCACCCUCACCUGGGAGAGAAUGUGCACUCGGCCCAACUUCAACCGCAUACCAAGAGGCUGGAGUGUGUAACACACACACUUGCUGUAUGCACACCAUCAGCAUGCAUUUAAUUCCAAACUGCAAACUGAGCCAGCAGGCACAAAUUAUAUAAAUUCACAGAUAUGAAUAUUAAAAAGAGUACAAUUAACAGUGGAAGGAGACAACAAUUAUAAGCAAAGCAUAUUUGAUAAGUGAUGUCUGUUUUAUUUACUGGUUCAAAUGGUUUCCUUGGGAACAAGGCCUACAUGAGCAGUCAGCAACGGCCUCGUGUGGUAUUUAUUGGUAACUGCAAGUUAUUUUGCUCAAUACACAGAUCAGU